AGUUGCUGAGAAAGCCACCAGUGCCACAAGCAGCGGAGACGUGGUGAUGGAUUUCCCUCCCCUCUUGACUUUUGGGCCGUGCAAGUCCACUGUUGUACCAAACUACCAAUUACCAUGCGCUACGUACCAUGGAGUGAGGAGGUGACGCUGUACGGAAUGAUCUGGAUCAAAUAUCUGGAUCAAAUAUCUGGAUCAAUUCUGGCUGCGUUGCAGACUUGCAGUGCUGUUGUUCUAUAUCUCACAUCUACAGAAUACGAAUUCCCCCGUAUCGUCAUGCGGGACCGGAAAUUCCCUCCGCUGCAUGGGCACGAUGGGGUAACAUGUUCGGUACGGGACGGCUACUUCUAGAUAAAUACUCAAGAGAAGCACUGGGGCCUCCGGAUGAGUCAAGUUUUAUUCGAAGAGAGCCUUCCAAACGCCGGAUACAAUUGUAUGGCGAUUAUACGUGUCCCGGAGAGGACAAUAAGUUACACUACUGGUCAUACUACGUAGUAGUAAUACUGGUCCCAACAUCGAAU